AUGGUGAAGAGCAAACCCAACCAGGGUGCGAGUGGAGCACGCCGUAAACCCGCACCUUCUUUAUACCAACACAUUUCUAGCUUUAAACCGCACUUCAGCACGCGAGUCGACGACGUCCUGCAUUUUAGCAAGACAGUGACAUGGAGGAGUGAGAUUAUUCCCGACAAAUCCAAGGGCACUCUGACUACUAGUCUUUUAUACUCUCAAGGUAGCGAUAUUUACGAAAUAGACACCACUUUACCAUUAAAGACAUUCUACGAUGACGACGACGACAAUGACGACGACAAAAGUAAUGUCAAGACCAAAUCUACAGCUGCCCCAAAUCCUGAAUAUGGUGAUGCUUUCCAUGAUGUUGAGGGAAAACCAUUGCGUCCAAAGUGGAUUUACCAGGGUGAAACAGUUUCAAAGAUGCAAUACUUGGAAAGCUCGGACGAUAGCACAGCAAUCGCAAUGUCCAAGAAUGGUUCUUUGGCGUGGUUCAGGGAUGACAUCAAGGUUCCCGUUCAUAUCGUACAGGAAAUGAUGGGUCCUGCCACCAGAUAUUCCAGCAUUCACUCGCUAACCAGGCCAGGUUCAUUGGCAGUGUCUGAUUUUGAUGUGUCGACAAAUAUGGACACGGUGGUAAAAUCACAAAGCAAUGGCUACGAAGAAGACAGCAUCUUGAAAAUCAUUGACAACUCCGAUAGACCGGGAGAUAUCUUACGUACAGUGCACGUCCCAGGGACCACCGUGGCCCAUUCAGUUAGAUUCUUUAACAACCAUUUAUUUGCAUCUUGUUCAGAUGACAACAUUUUAAGGUUCUGGGAUACAAGAACAGCAGACAAACCGCUUUACACACUAAGUGAGCCGCAAAAUGGACGACUAACCUCCUUCGAUUCCUCUCAAGUUACUGAAAACCUAUUUGUCACCGGCUUCAGCACGGGUGUCAUCAAGCUAUGGGAUGCGCGUGCUGUGCAGCUGGCCACUACUGACCUCACGCACAGGCAGAACGGAGAGGAGCCGAUCCAAAACGAGAUAGCCAAGUUGUUCCAUUCAGGCGGCGAUUCCGUGGUCGAUAUCCUGUUCUCACAGACCUCCGCAACAGAAUUCGUUACCGUUGGGGGGACGGGUAAUGUCUACCACUGGGACAUGGAGUACUCUUUCUCAAGAAAUGAUGACGACAACGAAGAUGAAGUCCAAGUGGCUGCUCCAGAGGAACUUCAGGGUCAAUGUUUAAAGUUUUUCCAUACAGGCGGUACAAGAAGAUCGAGCAACCAAUUCGGCAAAAGGAAUACCGUGGCGCUACACCCCGUAAUCAAUGAUUUUGUCGGUACUGUCGAUUCAGAUAGUCUUGUUACUGCUUACAAACCAUUUCUCGCCAGUGACUUUAUUGGCAGAGGUUACGACAAUUAA